GCUGCCCCUGGUGGGCCCCGCGGCCGCGGACCGCGGCUCCCAGGACGGCAACUCCAGCGCGGAGAGGUCCGCUGGAGGGCGGUCGGACCCUGAGAUCUCCCCCGACGUGGACGACGACGACGACGAGUGGGAAGGUUCGGCGUGGACGAACAGGGUCAGAUUCCGAGGAGCUGCUGGCCGAGGCGGGCCAGCUCGCCGACGAGGACGUGGCGCUGACCCGCUCUCUCGCGGGCGUGGAGGCAGACGAGGCCCCGCCUGUGGCAGGCGCGACUGCACCUGCUGACCCGGCGCCAGCGGGCUCCUCGUAUCCCGAGGCGAACCUGCCCCCACAGACAGGCAUCUCCAUGCCCAUGCUGGUGAGGCCCCCCUCGUUUCUCAGGACGGUGCCACAGCAGCCAGAGCCGAUCUACCACGCUCCCGAGGCGCUGUUUGACGACAUCGUCAGGCAGGAGGCGGACCGCAUCUCCAAGCCCGAGCUGGUGAAGAAUCUCACCGUGUUCGACAGCGUGGAGCAGCCCGACACCGCUGGCGUGGACACCGCCCAGGCGGAGCCCGCGCUGAGCCCGGGAACCGUGUACAAGGAGGAUUUGCCUGCCUACUACACCCCUGCGGGUGCUGACGACCACACUCUCGUGUUCGAGAGCCGGUUCGAGAGCGGGAACCUGCGUCGGGCGGUGCAGGUGUACGAUUACGAGUACGACUUGAUCCUCAACCCUGACUACAACACAAAGUCUCAUACGCAGUGGUACCAUUUCCGCGUGCAGAACACGCGGCAAGGCCAGGUCUAUCGUUUCAACAUCAUCAACAUGGUGAAGCCCACGUCUGUUUACAAUGAGGGCAUGCGGCCAUUGAUGUAUUCCAUGCUGGACGCGCAGCGCGGCGGCAUCGGCUGGGUAAGGCAUGGAGAGAACAUUGCGUACUAUCAGAAUGGCAUCCGGCGCAGAGACAAGGGCGGUACGAAUUAUUACACGCUGACGUUCACCAUGCAGUGCACGAACGACUACGACACUGUGUUUUUGUCCCACUGCUACCCGUACACGUACACUGACCUGCAGAAGGAUUUGCAGGCCUUGGAAGCGGAUCCAAACAUUGCAAGACGUUUUCGGCGGCGCAAGCUCUGUGACACUCUCGCAGGAAACGCGUGCGAUCUUAUCCGGUGA